UGCAACGUUGCAAUCCAAUAACAGGGUUGCCCUGAGUAACAAACACGUGUAUGAGAAUUCUUUUUCGUGUGAGGGCAUCGUGCGGCUAGGAAUUGAUUACAGCUCCGAAAUAUAGUGAAAUAAGUGAGAGAAACAUGACGGACUUAUUAAAAAUAACGGAUGCAAUCGUGCACGAGUAUUUGCAGUCGAAGGACAAAAACCUGGCAAAGGUUUUCCAGCAGAAGACGAAAGCAGCCACUGUCGCCAAGAACACGCCGAAACUGAGUGAAAUCCUACAGUUUUACCAAAGCAAAAGCGCCACCAAGAUCCCAGCCAUCAAGGCGGCCGCUGGCGGCAGCAGCAGCGAUAGCGACUCGGACUCAGAUGAAGCCCCUGCAGCGACCAAGAAGGCACCAGCGGCCCCCGUAACAAACGGAAAGUCAACAAAGGCUGCAGCCGCUUCCAGUAGCGAGGAAAGCGACUCCGAGGAGGAGAAGAAACCUGCGGCAAAGGCUCCUUCAAAGGCUGCACCUGCCAAGAAGGCGGCGGACACAUCCAGUGAGGAGAGCGACUCCGAGGAUGAGGCCCCCAAGAAGCCGGCUGCUCCUGCAAAGGCUGCGCCAGCCAAGAAAGCCGCUUCCUCCAGCGAUGACAGCGACAGCUCCGAAGAUGAGAAAAAACCAGCAGCAAAGUCGCCGGCCAAGCCAGCUGUAGCCAAGAAGGCGGCGUCCAGCAGCGAAGACAGCAGUUCCGAGGAAGAUGCCAAACCCGCUGCUCCCGCGAAAGCUGCUGCUCCUGCAGCGAAGGCAGAAGCCUCGUCUAGCAGCGAGGAAAGUGACUCUGAGGAAGAGAAGAAGCCAGCUGCGAAGACCCCUGCUAAGGCUGUUCCCGCUAAAAAGGCCAAGAGCUCCAGUGAGGACAGUUCCUCGGAGGACGAAGCCCCUAAGAAGGCAGCUCCCGCCAAGGCUGCACCAGCAAAGCCUGCUGCCGGCAAGAAAGCUGACUCUUCCAGUGAAGAAAGUUCAUCCGAAGAUGAGGCACCGAAGAAGGCUGCUCCCGCAAAGCCGGCAGCAAAGAAGGCCGACACCUCCAGCGAAGACAGUGACUCGGAUGAAGAGGAUGCCAAAAAACCAGCUGCUAAGCCUGUUGUUAAGGCUGCUCCCACCAAGAAGGCAGAUUCGGAGGACUCUUCGGAGGACAGCGACAGCUCUGAAGAUGCAAAGCCCAAGGCUAAAGCCGCUGCGCCCAAGGCCCCGGCUAAGGCGGCCUCCUCGAGCAGUGAGGACUCCAGUGAAGAUGAGGCUCCAGCUGCCGUGAAGCCAGCGGUUAAAAAGACCGCUGCUCCCGCCAAGAAGGACGAGUCAUCGUCAGAGGACGACUCCUCCGAGGACGAGGCACCGCCAGCAAAGAAGCCGGCUCCUGCGCCCAAAAAGAAGGACAGCAGCAGUGACGACAGCGACUCGAGUGAGGAGUCGGGUGAAGUGCAGUCCAAGGCAGUGGCUAAUGGAGGAGCGAAGCCUGGCCAGAAGCGCAAGCUGAGUGGCGGCGAUGCGGAGGAAGCAACGCCAAACAAGAAGUACAACAACUUCGUCAAGUCGGGCGAGCAACAGAAAAAUGGUUUUAACUCGACUCCCAAAAACAACUUUAAGAACAACGGACAACUGAACAACAGUGGAGGGGGAAGUGCUGGAAGGCGCUCGCCCUUUCGACGGGUUCGCACCGAAGAGGUGCUAGUGGAUGCCCGGGUGCAGGACAUGUCGUUCGAGGCCAAGGACGGCGGCUUCAAGAAGCACAACAAUGGACGCGGAGGACGGGGCGGUUCCGGAUUCUCCGGACGUCCGGAUCGCAGCAACUGGGAGAGCAACAAGUUCAACGGCGAGGGCGGCGGCGAAGGUGGCGGCUUCAAGAAGAUCGGCGAUCGCAAGAGCUUCGGCGGCUUUGACAACAACCAGAGAGGACGCGGUGGCGGCCGUGGAGGCGGCGGCGGAGGUGGAUUCGGAGGACGUGGAGGCGGCGGUGGCGGUGGAUUCGGAGGCCGAGGUGGUGGGGGCCGCGGCGGCGGUGGCGGUUUUGGAGGACGCGGUGGUGGCGGCCGGGGAGGAGGUGGCCGUGGCGGCGGACGAGGCGGUGGCUUUGGUAACAAGUCCUUCGACUCAUCAGCGCCAAAGCAAAACAAAAAGAUCACCUUUGACAAUUAGAGCUUAGAGUUUAGCUACCGCACCCACCUGCAAACACACACACACACCCUAGAUUGAGUCCCUAUACGGAAUUAACCUGUUUAUAUUAUUUUGUAAACUAUGACAGAAAAACGCUGCCGGCUCCUGGGGCGAACGGGCUAAUAAAGAUUUGAAGCACACGCGUGGCAAGUCCUUCAAGCACGAGAAGACCAAGAAGAAGCGCGGCAGCUAUCGGGGCGGCCAAAUUGACACGGGCGUCAAUUCUAUAAAGUUUGACUAGAUUUAUACAAAACACUCUAAGAACUAAUCAAUAUUCAAUAACAGAAACCGUAGUUGUUAAGUACAAAAGUAACUAUGUAGAAUAGUUUCCAUACAUGUAUGCCAACGCCAACGCCGAUUGGAAAUUGUUUUUUUGCAAUAAUUUCGCAGCCUUGUAAUAUCUAUCCAUCUUUUGAUCACUUAACGAAGGUCUAUACUUCUAGAUUCUAAGUUUCAAUAUGAAUUGAAUCAGUGCGAACCGGCGGUCGACUAAACCGCGACUAAGUUUAAAUUUUACUCUACCUGCUUUUCUAGUUCCAAUCAUUUUCAAUAAUGCCGAGAAAUGGAAAUGGCUGCUGGACCCUUUGUUUGUUUGUUGACCUAAAAAUAUUGCUCCCUUUCCAGAAGGCAAUUGUGGCCUGCAAAGACUUGGUUUUUGCCUUCAAACUGAUAUAAAUAAAAAGUAGCAACGUUUUGCGCAAAGUCCGUCAUCAGCCAAAUGAAGGGUCCGAUUAUGGCAUGUAAGGUUUUUAUCCAUUUAAUGUUUUUCCAACUUUUCGAAUAAGUUCACUAUUAAAAUCACGUACGAACUUCAAUAUGUAAAAGCCAGUACUACUUAAGCGAAAUGGAAAAAAUAUAUGUAAUUUCGUAACUGA